AUGCCCGACUGGUUCGUUACUCUGCACCCUGGGGGAACCGUCCCCUCCGUCUCGUACGAAGGCGUCCUCUUCAACAAGAGCUUCGCCAUCCUCGAGCUCAUCUCCGAGCUCUACCCCGACUCCAGCAUCCAGCCAAAGUCCCUCCUCGAGCGCACCCGCGUCCGAGAGUUCUCGGAGCACUUCGAAAAGUACGUCUCCAAGCCCUGGCGCCUCGUCUUCCGCCGUGGCGAGCCGCCCUCCGUUCUCCUCGACACCUUCGUCGGCCUCCAGGCUCAGCUCCCGCCCAUCCCCGUCGGCACCAAGCAGGGCGAGCCUGUGUUCGUCACCGCCGAGUGGUCGAUGGCGGAGAUGGUGACGGGCCCGUUCUUGGUUCGUGCGUGGCUGUUCUUCGCGCACGACAUCGGCAAGUACGAGGCCGGGGCGGGGCCCGCGGCGUUCAAGGAGCUCAAUGAAGGCCCCAAGUUCGCGCGCCUGAGGCGCUACGUGGAGGACAUCAAGGCGCACCCUGUGUGGAAGGCGACCUGGGACGAAGAAGACCAGCUGAAGGUGUGGGGCAGCUGGGAGGGCGUUCUUCGCAGUAGCCACUAG